AUGAAGCUCAUCAACCAGAUAGCCCUCGCAUGUCAGUUAGCUGUCACUGCAGAGGCAGUAACGCAGUCAAAAUUCGUCUCUCUCGAUUCAUACUUCAACAACAAGGCAUUCGGCAUAUAUCCCGGUCAGACGUCGUUUGAUGCAUUGAAUCAGUCCUAUCCAAAUCCUAGCAUUAUUGGCAUCAAUGGAACCUACACAUCCACGCACACAGGUGUGGUCUACGAUUUCCCGGGCUAUCGCGGGCCCGUCCUCCCUGACAAUGUCGUCUGUGAAGGCCAGACAAUUAUCGUGCCUCGCGAACAGUAUUUCUCCGCGUCCAUGCUGGUGACGUCCGACGUCCAAUUGUCCACCGUCUCCGGGAAUGUGACAUACACCUAUUCAGACAACUCGACACUUGUAUCAGAACUGCGCAGUCUACCUUGGUGGGCAUUCCUGACAAUUAACCGUGGCGAAAUCAUCUUCCCCUACCGGUAUACUCACAACGACACCAACUUCAACACCUCCCACAUCUUCGAAUACACUGCAGCGCUGAACCCCAACAAGACUCUACAUUCAAUCACCCUCCCAGUCACUACCAACACGACCACAGGCAGACUGCACAUCUUCUCCAUAUCCCUAUGGGAAUCCACAGCCGCAUCAGCGCAAGUGCAAUUCGUGCGCCCGACCCAAAAGUGGACAGAAAGCGGCAACCAGAUAGUUGAAGUGACCAUCAACAACCCAGGCACCAGCUGUAUCGCAGGGCCAGGAGUAAACGUAUCAUUAUCCAUGCCUGGAAUCCAAACACUGGAGCCCGGAAACAUCAAGCGACUCUGCCCCGGCGACCAAAAACGCGUCAACAUCGGCAUCAACGGUGCAGCCAACGGAACAGCAACCGUCGUACUGAACUACACCCACUCCAUCCAGAAUCAAACCUACCCCCACACCCUCUCCCUCGGCCUAACAGAAUGGACCUCCGAGCUAUCCAGCCUCUCGCAACACGAAAGCCCCGAAUGGUUCGACGACGCUAAAUUCGGCAUCAUGAUCCAUUGGGGCCCCUACUCCGUCCCCGGCUGGGGCAACUCGACACCCUAUGAAAGCUACGCCGAGUGGUUCUGGUGGUACACCACGCACCGCGCCGCCGACAAAUCCGACACCUACGACUACCGGCUCCGCACCUUCGGCCCUGACUGGAACUACGACGACUCGUUCCCCUCCUUCACAGCCUCCAACUUCUCCCCCAAAGCCUGGGUGGACCUAAUCGCGGCCUCCGGCGCCAAAUACUUCGUACUAACAACCAAACACCACGACGGCUUCGCCCUCUUCGACACCCAAAACACCACGAACCGCUCCUCCCUCCACUACGGCCCCCGCCGAGACCUGGUCUCGGAACUCUUCACCGCAUCGUCCAUCCACCACCCAUCCCUUAAACGCGGCACCUACUUCUCCCUCCCGGAAUGGUUCAACCCAGACUUCGGGCCCUACGGAUUCGCCGAACUACCCGGCAACACCUCAACAAGCUGGCCGGGCAUCAUCGCGCGAAACCCCUACACGGGGCUCAACGAGCCCUACACGGGCCGCAUCCCCGUCAGCGACUUCAUCACCGACGUAAUGGUGCCCCAAAUGACCAUCCUCGCACACAACUACAGCACCGACAUAAUGUGGUGUGACUGCGGAGCCGCGAACGGGACGGCGUCGUUCGCCAGCGAAUGGUUCAAUUCCGCGCGUGCAGAGGACCGGCAAGUGACGAUUAAUUCGCGGUGCGGGGUUGCGGAGGUCUCGGACUUUGAUACCCCCGAAUAUGCGACGUUUAGUUCGGCGCAGUUGCGCAAGUGGGAGAGUAAUAUGGGGAUGGAUCCGUAUAGUUAUGGGUUUAAUCGGGCGACCGGGUGGCAGGGGUAUAUGAAUGCGAGUACGGUGGUGAGGGAUUUGGUGGAUAUAGUGAGUAAGAAUGGGAAUUUUUUGUUGGAUGUUGGGCCGCGUGCGGAUGGGAGUAUUGUUGAGAGGGAGGAGAGGGAGUUGAGGAGGGCUGGGGAGUGGAUAAGGGGGCAUGGGGAGGCGGUGUUUGGGACGAGGGUUUGGUGGGUGAGGAGUGAGGGGGUGGGUGUGAGAGUUGGGAGUGGUGAUGGGGGGCAGGUGGAGUUGAGGUUUACGCAGACUAAUGAGGCGUUUUAUUUGUUGUUUCUUGGGGAGCCUGGGAAGGAGGUUUUUGUGGAUGCGCCGGUGCCAUUAUUGGAGGGGGAUAGGGUUGUGGUGGUGCGUGGUGAUGGGGAUGGGGAGUGGGAGGUUGAGUGGGAGGGGAGUGCGGCGGAGGGGUUCAUGUUUACGGUGCCCGAGGGGGCGUGGGAUGGGGAGGAGUUCUGCUGGGUGUUGAAAGUUGUCUAUGUUGCUUAG